AUGAAUACCUUGUAUCAAUUAUCAAUUAUGACACUUCUUUCUGUAGAUGAAGAAUGGAGAUUUUGGAGAACCGAAUGGUUUUGAUGACGUGGAUGGUUUAAUUCCUCUUGUAAAGGCCAGAAGAUGCAUUAAUCUGAACACAGAAAACUAUCUACCAUCAACUGAUGUCACAGACGAUCUUCCAUCAACAGGCGUGAUAGACAAUCCUUCAUCAAGUGACGUCACAGACGGUCCGAAUACCCAAAACGACAUUGGUAUAGAGAGAGAAGUGAUAAGAUGUCUUCAGCGAAUUAACACUCGAACAAGUUCUGAGCUUGACGAGACAAUUCUGGUAUCUGAAAUCUUUGUGAGGCACCAACGGGAGGAUACUGAUAAAGGGGAUCCCUUAGGGGGGUUCCUUUGUUCAAUUUCCAGGAAAGAUGAAACGAACUUCCAUGCAUUCUGUACCCUAGAUGAGAAUGGCAUUCUUGCGAAAUAUCUUCAUGUGAAAGAGAAAGACAUUCUUGUAAGUUUAAAUUCAGCACAGCUUCUGGAAUCGUCAUCUCUUUACCAUGAGGAUGUUAUGGAACUUUUUAAAACUUUGCCUAUAGGAGAAUUAAUCACUAUGGUAUUUUAUAACAGGAAAACAAAGCUUUUUUCAACAGUUGAAUUUGAACUGAAAGGAAUCAGACAAGGGGAAGCAAAUGAAGAUGGUAAGUAAGAUAUGACAGCGAUUAGGUUGAAAUAGAAAUGACUAACAAAAUAACUAUACCUGUUUUCACUAAACAUAUGGAUAUAUAACGAACAGUAUUCAAGAUCAAAAGUCCAAAACAA